AUGCCAACAGCUCCAUGGGUAGAUAUUGCAAUAGAUUUAAUGGGACCUCUUCCAAGUGACGAACAUCUAUUUGUCGUCGUAGAUUAUUACAGCCGUUGUAAGGAAAUCGUUAUUUUAAAAAAUAUAACUUCAACGUCAAUUAUAAAAUCUCUGAGGAAAAUGUUUUCUAGAUUAGGAUAUCCUCAAAUAAUAACUGCAGAUAAUGGUAAACAAUUUUCCAGUAAGGAGUUUAGAGAUUUUUGUGAAGAGUUUAACGUAAAAUUAUAUAACACAAUUCCAUACUGGCCCCAACAAAACUGUGAAGUUAAACGACAAAAUCGGGACAUACUUAAAAGAAUAAAAAUCAGCAAGGCUACAGGCUCCAAUUGGAAAGAAGAUUUAAUAGACUAUUUGCUUAUGUACCACAACACUCCACAUUCUACUACAGGAAAAGCUCCGGCUGAACUUUUCUACGGAAGACUUCUUAAAGAUAAAAUUCCAUCACUAAUUAACCAAGAUCAAGGUUUUAAUCAGGAAUUUACUGAAAAAGAUGCAAUUGAAAAAGAAAAAGGAAAACUGUAUGCUGACAAAAAGCGACGAGCUGCUCAAAGUGAACUUACCAUUGGUGACCAAGUUCUGGUGAAGAAAAUGCGAAAAGAAAACAAGAUAGAUUCCAACUUUGGUGAAAUACCGCAUGAAGUUAUCAAACAGAAGGGAGGAGAUGUUUUAGUUAGAAUUCAACAACUGGUGAAGUAA